ACCAUUACAACAGAAACAACUACUGCUGGAACUACUACAUCUGAACCAACCACGACUGAUACCAUUACAACAGAAACAACUACUGCUGGCACUGCUACAUCUGAACCAACCACGACCGAUACCAUUACAACAGAAACAACUACUGAUGGAACUACUACAUCUCAACCAACAUCUACUAUUGUAACUGAACAGACUUCAACAGCGACUUCAGGCUUCACUCCUUCUGAUCGUAUUACAUCUGGCUCAACUACCUCUGAAAGUACUACAUCCAGCUCCACUUCUGUUGAAACUACUCCACCUACACAGUCUGCCACCCCCACUUUCACUACAGCACCAUCCACAACUGUCUGUCCGAACGGAUUCUUUGGGCCUAACUGUGAAUUUGUGGGUGAAAUUAAGCCAGUCACAAUCACUGCAGCCGUCCUGGUCAGUCUGGUGGUCGAAGACAAGUAUGAUGACGCUUAUAACAACACAUCAUCAGAGGAGUACAAAGCCUUUGUCGAGAACUUCACUCGUCUGAUUGAAGGUUAUUACAGCCGCUCCAACAUUUCCUAUUUAAAAAAUGUAGAGGUCACCAGCGUCAGCCCUGGUUUUUUUCCGAUCCGUCUGUCGGGCAACAUUUUGGCUGCGGUGAGAAUGGAAGCCCAGGUCAUGGCUGCCACCAGUCGCCCACCAGCUCCUGUCGCUGGUGUGAACGUCACCCACGAUGUUGUGUUGGAGAUUCCCAACAACGGUUCCGUUGUGAAUGCAUAUUUUACGGACGCAAAAGCAGUCAUCAUUGCUGUUUAUAAGCUGUACAACUGUACAAGAGGUUGUCCAUUCAACGUCACAGGUGAACCUACCUUCGAUGUCGACAGUGAAGAGGAGCUUUUGAAUAACCAGAUCUGUGAUUCCUUUGUGGAGAAUAAAAAUUUGACUCAUCUCUAUGAAGCAAAGGAAACUGGGACAGGAGGCAUCGUGUGUGUGACGCCAUGCUCCGAGCGUCAUUCAACAUUUAAAAAAUGCUACAGCAGGUCACUCUGCCAGAUCAGAGCAGACGGCGCUUACUGCGAUUGCUUGGACCACAUGUGGUACUUGGCUGCAGACUGUGCAUAUCCAGUGCACAAGACUGCAUUUGGUGCAGGGUUUGGUGCCACCCUUGUUGGCCUCGUACUGACUGUGGCUGGCCUGACGUCAUACAAAAUAAUCAAGAAACAAAGGCUGGAAUGGAAACGAGACCUGAAGGAGAAGCUGGUGAACCAGUGUCUGAAAGAGGACUUCCAGUGGUCGUGCUCAAACAGCUCCACUGGGCCAAACAACUCAGAUGAUUAUAGAAACCCCACGUACAUACAUGAUGAAUGGAGCACAAGCACAGAGGAGCAGAUGAGCCAGCGACCCACGCCUGUCUACAGGGUGAAUUCAGCACCUCUGUACUCCAACAACCGACAGCCCAGCCCUGGUUGGGACAGCAGGCCUGGCUCUGAUGGACAUUCUCCUCGCUCCACUGGGAACUCCGUCAACUCCAAUUCGAGGGUGACUCCCUCCAACCCACCGAUGAGAAUCGCCCGGCCUCAGGUCAGAACGCCUCAGGACAAAUGAACUCUUUUUG